AUGGAUACUUCAAAGAUCCACAUCGCUGUGAUCGGCGCAGGCCCGGCUGGGCUCGCAGCCAUCAAAUCUCUGGUGGAAGAGGGAUUUCAAGUGACGUGCUUCGAGAGACGAUCGGAGGCCGGUGGAAUCUGGGCCUUCUCAGAAAAUCCGCAGUUUACGUCUGUGACGAGGGGAACGCGCGCACAGUUCAGCAAGUUUCUUAUCCCCUUCUCCGAUUAUCCGGUACCUGAUGACUUCCCUCUGCAUCCUGGCGGUGAGGACUUGCGCAAGUACUACCAGUCCUACGCAGCUCACUUUGGAUUACUCGAUAAGAUCGUCUUCAACGUGACCGUAUCAUCUAUCACAAGAACUGGAGAUGAUACACAGUGGGCUCUUCAUCUAACAGGCGAAGAGACGCCCCGCCCCUUUGACAAAGUCAUCAUAGCCUCUGGAUCAGAGGUGACACCGGUGAUUCCAGUAAUUGAGGGCCUGGACCUGUUCCAGGGCAAAUUCCUACAUAGCCAAGCCUUCAAGAAGCCCGAGGACUUUGCGGACAAGAACGUGGUUGUGAUUGGGCAAGGAAACACAGCAGGAGACUGCGCCGUUGAACUCUCACCCUCCUCUUCCAAAGUCUACUGGUCCCAUCGCCGCGGCGCACUCGUCUUCCCGCGAGUCGUCAACGGCCAGCGCUUUGACGCCUUCGCAUCAUGGAAGAAGACGCGCAUUGGAUUUUGGAUCGCCAAACAUCUCCCCUCAUUCCAUCGCAAAAUGUUUGACUCCUUCUUCAACUGGGUCGUGUCCAAGUCCUGGGGUAAACUCGACCCUCAGUGGCGUCUUGAGAGGAACGCGUUCUAUGCGACGACCAUCUCUGGGCUGGUCAUUAACGAUCACCUUGUUCCUGCGCUGCGUGAUGGAAAAGUCACCUCAACAGCAGGUGUCCGGCGAAUCUUGGGUCCUCGAUCUGUUGAGCUCGAUGACGAUACCAUCCUCGAAGACGUCGAUGCCAUAAUCGCUUGCACAGGAUACAACAACUCGCUUCAAGUCCUUGAUGGCAUCAUCAACUACUCCCGCCCACAUCCCGACGUGCGCCCCAUCCCCGACCUCUACCAGGGUCUGUUCCCCCUGGGCUACAGCGACUCCCUGGCCUGUCUCAACUACAUCGUCAUCAUGGAAAGCGCUUCUGUGGCCCGUGAACUCGCCGGCAUGGCCAUCGCGCAAGUCUGGGCUGGAAAGUCCACUCUCCCGCCAGACUCCACCAUGCAAGAUUGGAUUCGUCAGCACCAAGCAUGGUUUGCGAACCUAUGCCUUACGAACCCACUCCCCCAGUAUGAGGGUCAACUGGAGGCCCACGACUGGCUCAAGUUUAUUGACGACAAGGCUGGAACCGGCAUGUAUGAGCAUCUUAGCUGGACGCUAAAAGGAAUUUGGUUCUGGCUGCGUGAGCCUAAGCUGUGCUCGCUCAUGGCGUGGGGUGUCAACUCGCCGCAUCUCUACCGGGUGUUCGAGACGGGCAAGAGGAAGGCGUGGGAUGGCGCAGGGGAUGCCAUUAGGCAUGUCAACUUACUGAGUGACAUUGACCUUGGCUACGUGAAGCCCAAGACUGAGUGA